AUGCUUGAUGUGAGGGGAUUUGUCCAUGCAAUUCACCUGGUCAUGGUGGAGGUUGUACCUUCACUCCUUCGACAUGUACCGCCUGGUGGUUUUUUAAUACCAGAUUCAGAACCGAAUGUAGAGAAGGAUGGGGACAAUGAUGUAGAGAAUGAACCAGCGGAUGACUCGGGGAUUGCUAAGUUGAGGAUAACCCCGUUCCACGCAAUUAAUCUGCAUGAGUCGAAUAAUGCUUAG